AUGCAUACCCAGAGUAAGAGGAAGCCGUCGACGGCUGGGCUGCUUCCUGGUGGGAGGACGGUAAAGCGGAGAGCGUCCAAGGCUUGUCACUGUUGUCGUUCACGGAAAGUGAGAUGCGACGUGGUCGAAAGUGGGAUUCCUUGUACCAAUUGCAGACUCGAUGAAGUAGAGUGUAUAGUCACCGAAGGGAAACGACGAAGAAAAUCAUAUGCAGACGGGGAGCUCUUUCAUCACUCACCCUGCAAUUCCAUUGAGGAGGAAAAGGAGCCGCCUCAGUUCCCCAUCUUUGACGAUAUUGAUGGUCUCAACGAAUUUGUCCCGGGUCUCACCUCGGCCGAGCCAGUGUCGAAUUCCCAUGCUCUGGAGUACGAGCUCAAUCACCACAGACCUCAUAUGCUUUGUAAAUCGGCCCAUUCUCUUUGGUCCUUCUUCCCGCUAACGGAGAUCCCUUCAGAUCAAACACAAGGCCACCGUUUGAGCCCGGAGGAGCGAACUCGACGCAUGUACGCCAUGGGCAACAAACCUCUACCGUCACCUCUUCCACUGACUUCCGGCACGCCCUCCUUCCCGCCGCAGUCCAGUCGACCAGAUGUGUCUUUACCACCCUAUAUCCAACCCAUUUCACCCCGGAUCAUGACGGAAGAUCUGGAGUAUCUGCAAAAGAAAGGAGCGUUCAUCAUUCCAGAGACGGGCUUUCGCAACGAAUUGCUCCGUUGCUACGUGCAAUACGUGCACCCUUUUUUGCCUCUGAUCGAUCUCCAAGACUUUCUCCAUACCAUUGAUAAAAACCAGCCGACCGAUGCCAUCAGCCUUUUGCUUUUCCAGGCCGUCAUGUUUGCGGCGACGGCAUACAUUGACAUGCGAUAUUUGGUCGCACAGGGAUAUGUGACCAGGAAAGCCGCCAGAAAAUCUUUCUUCCAUAGAGUCAAACUCUUGUACGAUUUCGACUACGAAAUCGACCGUGUCACCGUCGUCCAGGCCGUGUUGUUGAUGACCUACUGGUACGAAAACCCAGAUGAUCCCAAGGAUGUUUGGCACUGGUUAGGGGUGGCCAUUUCGGUGGCCCGAACCAUCGGUCUCAACUGUGACACGUCCAAUGCGUCAUUGAUGAGCUUGCAGCAACGUCGGCUCUGGAAACGGAUUUGGUGGUCAUGCUUCAUGCGCGAUCGACUGAUUGCCAUUGGCAUGCGUCGCCCCAUGCGGAUCAACCGGGGGGAUUUUGACGUGCCCAUGCUGGAGCUCUCGGAUUUUGAGAUCGAUCCCUUACCGACCGAGCUCACUCGCAUGCUCGGUGGUUGUCCCGCCGUCAAGGACACUUCCAAGCGAGUCACUCUCGCCAUGAUGUGUAUCGGUCUCGCCAACCUUUGCGUUUGUAUCACUCAGGUCCUGGCUGUUCAGUACUCCACCCUGGGACAUAAGAUUGGGGCCACCCAAGAGACGACCAUGCGAUUGGUCCCGAAAAAGUCAGCGGCAGACCCAUGCGACGUGGUUCGAUGCGAUCGAGAGCUCGAGCAGUGGUACAAGGGGCUGUCACGUGAGCUUCACUAUUUCGCUCCGGAUUCUCAUGAGCGAACGAGUGCCAACGACGGAGACAUCAUCAAUCUGCACCGAGCCCUCCUCACAGGAAUAUACUUGACCGCCAUUAGCGCGUUGCAUCGACCGCAAAUUCUGCCAUCGGUGCCCAACGUCGUUAUCGCCCCGGAGCUUCGAGAGCUGUCGAAGAGAAAGGUUCGCGAGGCGGCGAAUGAUAUCACGGAUAUGUACAAGGAAUUGUUUGCACACGACCUGAUUAGAUACCUACCCAACACCGGCGUGACAUGCCUGUUGCCCGCGAUUAUAAUCCACCUCCUCGACAUCAAAUCCCCCGAUACCAAUACGCGACAGGCCAGCAUUCGUAAAUUCCAAUUCUGCAUGCAAGCCCUGCAGCGACUGCGGGAAAUGUAUGCUUCGGCAGAUUUUGCAUUCUCGUUCCUCGAUGCCGCGGUGCGAAAGACCAACGCACAAGUUACGGCCGCUGCCACGGUGGCCCCAACCACGAACGGACCAUUCUCACCCACCAGCACGGUCAUCGACCACAAGAAGGCACCACCAGGCCCGUUGCUUCUGACGCCACCUCCCGAAGCCAUGCAAACCGCCAACUUCUUAUUGUUCAGCUCAACGUUAGCGCCCGACGAGCGGAAUUUCAUUGCCGAAUAUACUCCGCCUCGGUCCGAUGCGAGCUUGAAUUCGCAGACAACAGGAGGAGCCGCCGCGAUGCUGGCGGAUAUCGCAGAGGAUGAACAGACUGGUGAUCCAGAGGACCUGGCACAACCUGAUUUUGACACGCUGGUUAACUUGGAAGGCGGUAGUGAUUUGUUCUCGGGCGUCGAAGGUGGUCUCGACAUGAGUAUGCAGUGGCUGAAUGGAUUUGAUGACGAUGACCAUAACGUGAAGACUGAAGCGCUCUCGUCGGACCAACAGGAUAGAGCAGAGGAACCACUCAAUGGAUUGGCCUAUGCGGAACAGUCUCUGAUGGGAAAUAGUGACCUUGACAUGGAUUUGGGGGUUCAGGAAGAGUCUUAG